UUGCUUUAACGUUGGGAAAGCAUUUUUGACCCUUAGCACUUGCCGUAGACAGCGCCAUGGCGUCUGUCAACUGACUCAAAACUUUUGACGUUACAAACUUUUUGAACGGAUAUGUAGCUAGCUAUCUCUAGUGACAGCUGGUUUCGGGCGCUCCUUCUUAGACCUUUUAAAACCAUAUCGGACAUCAGAUGAAAAGAACACAAACAAUUCAAGAUGUAAAUGUUUCUGCGUGCCAGUGACCGGUGCAAAUAUGCAUCGCUAUUAGGUGACGUUUACGUUAGCUAGCUAGUUAACGUAGCUAAGCUAACUACUUUCAACAAGUUAGCUAGUAAACCUAGCUAACGUUAGUUAUACCUAGCUAGUUUUGGCGUCGCCGAAUUUAAAAUGUCAUAACGGACAAUAAACCGACUAUAACUAAUUAAAGUGCCUGGUUUUAGCUUUGGAUAUUUAAUCUUUCAUAUAAAAAUGUGUCGUUUUCUACGCUACUGUGUCAGCCACUGCCUUCAUGCAGCGAUGACCCGGCUCGAGGAAGUCAACGGAGAGGUGAGCAUGUGGUCGUCUGUCCGGUGGCUGGGCUACCUGUCCGGUCUCAACCUGCUGGUCGCCUUGUGUUUGGGGGUCUAUGCCCGGUGGGAGAGGACUGAGGAGACCACUCUUCUUGUCAUUUUCGUUCUGGCUCUGAUUGUCCUCGGAGUAGCAAGUAUAGUGUACUACUACUUCAGCAUGGAGAGGGUAAGCCUCAGUCUCAUCCACCUGUGGUUCGGUUUUUUGCUGGGACUGCAGUGUUUCCUCAACAGUCCCGCCCUGGAGAGCGACGUGAAGGAGCAGGUGGCCAACUACCUUCUGCUGGCCAGCGUGGCUCUGAGGACGCUGUGGGCGCUCCUGGAGAGACUGUUCGGUGCUACUAGGUACCGUCCUGCCUUCCUCACCUCGGCAGAGCGGCUGGAGCUAGUGGGCUUUGCCUCCGCCAGCACGGCACUGCUUGUCCACAAGUCUUUGAGCGUGAUGGUGCUGGUGGUGGCGCUGGCCACGGUCAUGGUUGCCCUCCGGAUGAAGGCUCUCUUGGCUCUUCCCAACUUGGUCUGCUUCGCUGUCAUCACCGCCCUGCUGUUCUUCAAGUCUCUGAGCAUCGCCAUCAACCCUUUCGCCCUCGCCUGCUUCUUCAGCCAACUCAUCUGCGACCCUCUGCUGGAUGUCUACUUCAGUGGUCUGUCUGUGACCGAGCGCUGGCAGCCUUUCCUGGUGUGGCGGGGCCUGUGGCGCCGGCUGUCCCUCCUGCCCCUGCUGCUGGUGGAGGUGGCCUUCAUCAUUCUGGCCGCUCGGAAGCUGAACGAUCUGGACCAGUGGUACCUGGUGAUCCCUGGCUUUGUUGUCUGUGUGCUCUUCUGGGCCAUCUGCCACGUGGUGUUUGUCAUCACGGUGUGGGGCUUUCACACCAAACUCAGUGAGUGCCAGAGGCUGUGUCUGUCCCAGGGGCCAGGUGUCAGUGGCCUGGACAAGGUUAUGUCCUCAAAGGGCAUGAGACAUUUCUGCCUCAUCUCUGAACGUCUGGUGCUCUUCUCGCUGGUGUCAACUGUUGCUGUUGCUGCUCUUUGUUGGCAGGCCUCCAGCAGUAUCUUUGUGAGCAUGUUCCUUCUUGUCCUACCUCUGGAGUCUCUGUUCCACGGGCUUUUCCACGAGCUCGGGAUCAGCCUGGGAGGAACCUGUGUGGGCUACGCAGUGGUCAUCCCCACCAACUACUGCAGUCCAGACGGCCAGCCCAUGCUGCUGCCUCCAGGCCAGGUGCUGGAGCUGAACAGGCGCUCUACAGGCAUGUUGAACAAUGUGCAGCGCUUCUUCGCCCACCACCUGAUUGAGACUUUUGGCUGCGACUAUUCCACCAGCGGUGUGACCCAGGAGGCUCUGCAGGCCAAGAUCAAAUCCUUCUUGGAGCUUCGCACGGCGGAUGGGCCUCGCCACGACACCUACGUGAUCUUCUACAGCGGUCACAGUCACCGCUCUGGAGAGUGGGCGCUGGCAGGAGGAGACAGUCUUCGCCUGGACCAGAUCUUGGAGUGGUGGAGGGAGAAGAACGGCAGCUUCUGCUCGCGCCUCAUCUUGGUGCUCGACUGUGACAACUCGUUGCCGUGGGUGAAGGAGGUAAGGAAGGUGGAGGGUCUGUACGUGGCCGUGCAGGGAGCGACGCUCGCUCGAGUGACCGACGCCGAGCUGCAGGACCCCCCGCAGCUCGGGGACUUCACCUCUCAGUGGGUGGAGUAUAACUGCAACUCAAACAGCAACAUCCAGUGGUCUGAGAGAGGCAGGCCGGUGUCUGCCGCCUACGGCAUCUCCAAAUACUGGAGCGACUACACGCUGCACCUACCGACAGGAAGUGAUGUUACCAACCACUGGAGCAUGUACUUCCCUCGGAUGACGUACCCGGUGGUACAGCUGGCGCUGUGGUGCGGCGGUCUGAACGUGCUGUGGUUCUGCAGCGUCUGUCUGCGAUGUCUUAAGAGAAUCAAACUUAACUGGUUUCCACCAGCGAUACUGGACACUGGCCAAGGUUUCAAACUGGUCAGAUCAUAGAGAAAAAAAAAAUCAUAGAGGAAAAAAAAAAAAAUAUAUAUAUAUAUAAUAUUUUUUUUUAUUAUUAUUUUUUUUAUUUAAAAACAGUAUUUUCUAGAAGUCAGCGAGUGUCUUUCGGACCCUGAAAAUAGGCAGCUAUUGGAUUGUUACCGCGCCGCUAACUAGUGUCCUGUUAGUUACUGCAAAACUAAUCACGUAGUUUCUGAUUGCUCGAUUUGGUUUGGUUUUUAGUUCCAGUUUUUAUAUCCUUUUGUAAAUGUUUCUAUUAAUGUUUUUGUUAAGCUUUGAUUUAGCGAUCUGAACAUCCCUGUCUAACAGCUAUGUCAAUUUGUGGGAUGAGACUGAGCACAUUGACUAUUUUGCACAUUUUUGCAUCGUAUUUACUGUUCGAUCUGAAGUGAUUCCACCUUGAUUUCAAGAAGAUUUGUGCCUUUUUUAUCGUAAAAUCGCCAAAGAACAUCCAGCUCGCUAGGCUGAUUUUUUUUUUUUUUUUUUAUAACCUUUUAACCAAAGUAGCCGUGGUACAUUUUCAGAGGAAGAUCUCAGGCAUAAAUCAUAUGAGCAGCAUUUAGUCUAGAGCUCAAAAUGUUGUGUUGUUGUUGUAUUUUGAUUGUGAGAUGAUUCCUUUUACACCCCUCUGUGCUACACUAUGCAUUUGACACUCCAAGCUUUGAGUAUAUUCAAUGCACUGCUUUGUGUUGUAACAGCAUUUUGCAAUGCUUUUAGGGGUCUUUUUUUAAAUACUCUCCAGCUGUUUCAGGGAGUCCAGAAAGAGUUUUUAUUUUUAACUGUACUGAUGAAUGCACUACACACAGAGAUGUGUGCGAACUACAGUAUUUAUGUCAUAAUAAACCCCAGGAAUUAAAUGCAUCACACGAUGAGAUCCAUUUUCUCCCUGAGGUUUAUUGCAGUUUACUGGGCUAUGCAAAAUGAUUCAGGUGAAAGAUGGGUGAAACUAUGCAAUAAAGGAGAAGUGGGACUUCACUGCUCAAAUCAUGAAUUUAAUGGCCUCAUUGGAUACAUUCUGGCGAAAACUAAAUGAGACAAGUUAUUUCAUGUGUCUGACACUAGGAGAAUAACAAUACAUCUCUCUAACCUUCUAUUCAUAAAAAGUAAAUAGUCUGCGUUUGGGUAACCUUUUAGAAAACAGGCAAAGUUCUGAGACUGUUCAUUUAGUUAGACUUCUGUUAAUUGUACACGAUUAUAAUUUCACCAACAGUAAUUCUGGAUUGCCUCCACUAAACAAGUAACGAAGAAAUAAGCAAAUCAGAACACCACGUGCCAAAACAGCAGUAUACGCGCAAGCGUGAACCACUAGUGUGUGUUCUUGCUGCGUGUCUUUUACUGUCUACGGUAUCGGCCACUGCAGCACAUGUAUGGCUGCAGCCUGGAGACCUCCCGUCUCGUGCAUGGGCGUGUCCAACCGUAAACUCAAUGUUCAGAAUACGAAAUCGCAAAUUAUUUUCUAAAUGAAGUCACGGUUAAGUUAGUGAGCAUGAUGCAAUUAAUUGAACUCUGUUCAAACUCUUAAAUUAACGAUAGCCAUACAUAGCCUAUAGUAGGCAGAUUUGUUAAUGUCUCCCUGAUGUUAACGUUUGUUUAUUUGAUGAAACUGCGAUGACUUUGCAUGUUUUAAUUAAUGCUUUAUUUGCAAAUUCAUAACGGGGGAAAAAAAAAAAAA